GGAUGGGGGAUGACAUAAGGGGAUGACAUAAGGGAUGACAUAAGCCUUGCUAAAAGUCGGGCUCUUGUGGUCCCCACAAGGGGGGCCCUCGGUUUAUCUUAAGGAAUUCUAUAUGCGGUAUAUGGAUCUUGAACCACAGGUAGGUACUACCUAUGUAGGUACCUGCCUCAUAACCUUUUAUCUUGGUGAGUCGAAGCACUUGCGGCUGAAGUAACUCCCUUAGGUACCUCGUACCUCAGAUAGUUGCUACGACAAAUUCUAAAGCCCCUUCCUUCUUUCUCUCCUCUUAUUUAGAGUUGAGUGCCGUAUUGGGCAAUCACCAACUCGCUAGCUACCUAGGUAGUAACGAUAAACACAAUAUCUACAAUCGCAACCAAGACGCGUCAAGAUGCGUUUCCUACAGGCACUCUUCACUGCCAUCGGCCUCAUAGUCUUGGCCGAAGCUGCGAAGCAUCACCUUAUAGUCGGAACCUUUAGUACCAACUUCCUCUACACUGUCGAGUAUGAUGACGCGGCCGAGACCCUGAAACUCGUCAAGAAUACUACCACCAACGCAGGUAGCGCCUGGAUCGCUCUAAGCCAUGACAAGAAGAACUUGUACGGAACCGACUGGAACGCAGACGAAGCUUCUUUCGUUAGCUACAGCCUGAAAGAUGCCAAGUCUAUUAAGUACGAGACUAGAGUGUUCGGAGAUCCUGAAUGCCGAGGCAAGAAAAGCAUCUUCGUCGCUGCUUAUCCCAAAGCACCCUAUAGUGUGUAUGGCAAUUAUUUCUACGGUGAUGCGAAGUGCGGUAUGGUCAUGUCGGUAUAUGACAAUGGAACUCUUCACGCCGCACUACAACAGUACGAGUACGCGGACGAUUCUGCUGUAACUGGAACCUCAUUCAGCGCUGAUUCGAAGUACCUCUACUCGGCCGAUGACGGUGGUAACUCCAUCUGGGUCCAUGCCGUCACCGAAAACGACGGCAGUCUUAACUUCCUCUCGCGAGUUGACAUGCCUGUGAAAGGUGCAGACCCUCGUCAUAUUUUCGCCCACCCGAAAGGGCAAUACGUCUACACCGUCUGGGAGGGAACUAGCGAAGUUGCGCAGCUCAUGACCAGCGACCUCGGCAAACUAUAUCUCCUACAGCAAACGUAUCCCCUUAUCAAGGACGGUGACAAGGCGUCAGAUUUCUGGGCUCACGAGGUUGCCCUUUCCGCCAACAACAAGUACCUCUGGGCAAGCAAUGGCGCAUCCAAUCCGAACCACAAGGGAUACAUUUCAGCUAUCAGUGUCAACGACGAAGGCCUCCUCGGCGACCAGCUCUUCCUCACCCAUACUACCUCAAGCGGUGGUUCUGCCAAUGCUAUUGCCCCAAGCUCGUUCGACGACAGAAUUGUUGCCACAACUGAUAACUCGACAGGCUUUGUUGAGAUAUGGAAGAUGAAUGAUGACAAGUCUGGGGCAAAGGUAGUAGCUCAUCUAGAUAUUGACGACGGCGGUGGAUGCUGUGCCAACGCUGUUUGGUACUCGUAGUUUUGUUACGAUGUCUAGUCACUUCUCAGUUGAUUGGCUUUCAUUGAUGCAGGUGGGGUAGCUAUGUAGCAUCUCGUAGAUAGAUGCAUCUGAGCAAUACAAAAUGACUUGCCAUAUCA